AUGAUGACACCAAAUGGACGCUUCGUGACAAACCGGAGACUGUGCUUGUCCAUAAGUGACUUCCACCCAGAAUCAUGGAACCCAUCUUGGCGCGUUGAGACGAUUCUGACUGGCCUCCUGAGUUUCAUGAUUGACGAAGACGAACCAGUGGCGCAGGGGACUAUGGGUUGUUUGACUAGCGAGAGAAGGAAGUUUGCUCAGUCAUCUUUCUUCUGUAACAAGCGGGACCCAGCGUUUCGUCGCUUGUUCCCGGAGCUCCUUGACGACAGCAAAUUCGACCCGCAGUUAGGGUAUUCCCUGCAUGGCCAUGCUGGAGCUGGUGGAGAGACAGAGUUAAGCUCGAGUUCCUCUCCUUCCAGCUCUUCUUGUUCUCCCCCCUCCCCUUCUUCCCCGUCGUCUUCUAGAUCUGCGUCUCUAGGAUACAUAUCGGAUUCGGGGUCUGCUGGGGAAGACGCCUCCAGUCUCCUCGUGUUUCCGGGCUCCAGCGCCGCCCAGACAGUUACACGAGGAUGCCUGCAAAACGAGGGGAGUAGUCGCGCCUCCACGCCAGCUAGAGAGUUGACGCAACCAAGCAAUUUUGUAGGCAGUGAACGGGUUGUAGGCGACAGAGGAAAGGGAAAUUAUGGUGCAGACCUACACCUGUUGCUUGAGCUUUUGGAGAAGAGUACCCGAGACAAGCAUUCCACAGGCGCCCAUAGUGUCCAUAUUUGGCGACAAAAUGAGAGCUCCUCAGUAUCGAAUGAGCCGGCACGUCUGCCAGGCACGGACGUACACCUGACUGCUGCACUUUUACUAGGAGGCUCGCGGACGAAGAUGCCCGUUUUUGACGGCGGUUUGUUUGGUCGGAGAGCGGGGAACCUCGGAGGAACAACUCACAGGGGAGCCUUAGUUGGAACCCAAACGCCUCUGGCUGCUGCCGCCUUUGAGAGAAACAGAAGCAUUAAUGCUUCUGGACAUGGUACACCACUACCGCCUUCGUUACACCCAGAUGAGACGCCGUCUUGUGGGGCGAACAGGGACUCAACGAGGGCUGUACCACUCGUUGCUUGUCCUCCUCCUUCGUCUGUCGGUUGCGAUCCGUCGUGUGCAUCUCAGCGCGGAGCAGGCAGUGUCGAUCGAGACGCCAGUGGAGGUGUCAGAGCCGAGACGUCACAUGCAGAAAAAAGCAGCACUAUGGCCUCCUGUAUCGGACCGGAAACGCGCACACAAGGCGUAAGUGCACGAGAAGGAAGGUCUUCAAAGGGAAGCCUUCUCGAGGGUUCUCGAAACAAAGAUGAUAAGAACAACGGGGACCGUUUGGGUGUGGAAGAUCCGGAAGGCGAAGCUGCUCCGCGGGUUCAAGGGGAACGGAACGGUGAUGCGUCAGAAACUAACCAACAUGAGGAGGCAGCAAGGGCGUGUCUUCCUACGCCCAACCCUCUCUCAAGUUAUGCUUUGAACCGUACAGUGCCUGUGGACAAGGGGCACCUACGGUACUCGGACGGAGGUGACAAGGACUGGGCACUGCAGCUCCUGAAACUGCUUCAGUUCCUCAAACGCGCAGAAGCGGAAAGUAGGAAUGACACCCAUCUUCGUCGAUAUCUUUCCCAUCUGUUGCAAACGAAAACACUUGAAACGCGAGAUGUCGCGUCGUUUUUGAGCAGAGGGAAAGAAACGGAUUGUGUACCGGGGGCGUUUUCUCCACCCGACGAACGAGGCCGAUCCGGUACAAGGGGCGAGGCGCGAGACGAGGGGGAGGAGGGGAACCAGGCUUUAAGGCGCCCUCGGUGUGAAGAUAAACAUGAGAGUGAGGGAAAUGAUGCCAAGACAGAAGACAGAGAGGAUAUCCUAGAAAAGCAGACAGCAAGUGUGCGUCAUGGAAGGCAAGACGAAACCAGAGGAAGCAAAAGGCUUGUUGGAAAUGCAGAAGAAAGUAACGCAGGGGUGGGAACUAAGAAGCGACCGCGGUAUUCUCCUGCACUGGCUUCGUACAGUGGCCUGGAUGAGGAAAGCAAAGGAAUGCAGAAAGAGCAAAUAACGAGCUCGACUUUCCUUCCGUAG